UUGCUUAGAGGGAAGUUGAAUAAUUAAUGAUAUUGCAAGUCUUGGUCAAUCCAUCACAAUUGACAACAUUGAGUAGUAUGUGUUCUAUACGCAAUACCUAUUUACUGUGUGUUUAUAAUAUUUUUUUUUAAAAUAGAUACAAAAAUGUAAUAGGAAAGAAAGCAAUAAACUUAUUAGUUCAGGUGAUUGUUAAAAAUGUUUCUCCUAAAAUGCUCAUUAUUAGCAAUUAUUGUAAGUUCACUAAUUAUCCAAGCAAGAACUGAAGCUGCAGCAGCACCAGGUAAUAAUGGCACUUACAUUUCUCACGCCUGUAAAAAUUCUACAGACUUAAAAUAUGACAGCACCUAUGAAUCCAGCCUCGAAGAUCUUCUCUCUAGUCUCUCCACCGCGGCCAGAGGAAAAAACGACUUCAACUAUGCAACCUCCGGGCGUGGACUACGCGGCGUAGUGUUCGGCCUAUUUCUCUGCCGUGGAGACGUGACCAGCCUCGUCUGCCAGCAGUGCAUCGCCAGUGCUUCCACACAUUUACCAAGCCUGUGCCCCGCUAAUAAGGAGGCCAUAAUCUGGUACGACAAGUGCAUGUUGCGCUACUCUGACCAACCAAUCUUCAACGUUCCGAGCUUAACUCCGGUCAAUUUUAAUACAUCGAGAAAGCAUAGUAACGAUGAUCAGUUCCAACUGUUGCGGGAUAGCUUCAUCAGUGGGUUGGAGGUCCAAGCGGCCUAUUCUCACGAGCAGAGCAGGAAGUUCGCGGUGGGGAAACAGAACUUGACCAGUUCGGGUUCAGAGACGAUGUACGGAUUAGUGCAGUGCACGCCGGACUUGUCAGUGGCUGAUUGCAGCAAGUGUUUCCUAUCAGCCAAGCUAGAGAUUCCAAGAUGCUGUGCCGGAGAUAGAAGCGUUAGGCUUCUUUUGCCUAGCUGCUAUGUUAUGUAUGAUUUAGAACCCUUUUUCGAAGUUACAGCUAUCGAGACUCCUCCACCUCCAUCUCCUCCCCCUUCAGGAAAGACCAAAACAUCAUCAGUGGUAAUUGUAAUUUCUGUUGUGGUUCCAGUUAUUGUCGCUACCUUGCUACUUGUCGUUGGGUGCUAUUUCCUUCGCAAGAGAGCAACAAAGAAAUAUAAUGCUCUAAUUGCCCAAGAAAAUGUGAAAGAUUUAACGAAGGACGUCGAGUCCCUGCAGUUUAGUUUUAAGAAUAUCGACACUGCCACAAACAACUUUUCUGCGUAUAACAUGCUUGGUAAAGGAGGAUUUGGUGAUGUUUACAAGGGAAUGCUUAUAAAUGGACGAGAAAUAGCAGUGAAGAGACUAUCCAAGAGCUCAGGACAAGGUGCAGCAGAAUUUAAGAAUGAGGUUGUACUGGUAGCCAAGCUCCAACACAAAAAUCUUGUCAGGCUUUUGGGAUUUUGCUUGGAAGGAGACGAGAAAAUACUUGUCUAUGAAUACGUUCCCAACAAAAGCCUUGAUUAUUUUCUAUUUGACCCCAAGAAACAAUGUGAAUUAAAUUGGUCAAUAAGAUGCAAAAUAAUCGAAGGAAUUGCUAGAGGAAUUCUAUAUUUGCAUGAAGAUUCUCGGCUAAAAAUUAUACACCGUGAUUUGAAAGCUAGCAACAUCUUACUAGACAAAAAUAUGAGUCCUAAAGUAUCAGAUUUUGGCAUGGCAAAGAUGUUUAGUGUAGAUCAAACUCAAGGAAACACCAAAAGAAUUGUUGGCACAUAUGGUUACAUGGCUCCUGAAUAUGCUAUGGAAGGAUUAUAUUCUGUUAAGUCCGAUGUUUUCAGCUUUGGAGUUCUGUUGCUUGAGAUUCUAAGUGGUAGGAAGAACUCUAGCUUUCAUAUUGGGGAUUGUGCACCAAGCCUCGUAGCAUAUGCUUGGCAACUAUGGAAUGAAGAAAGAGUGUUGGACUUGAUGGAUCCGUGGUUGAAAGAUUCGUGUUAUCAAAAUGAAUUCAUGAGAUACAUACACAUUGCUUUAUUGUGCGUUCAAGAAGAUGCAAACUUGAGGCCUACCAUGUCAUCUGUUGUUUCAACGCUCAAAAGUGAAGCUCCCACUCUUUCUCAUCCUGAACGACCUGCUUUUAUUUCCACUCGACGUACUAGUCACCAAGAAAUAAUAGCUAUUAAUAGUUUCUCUGUCAAUGCUGGAAUGACAGUUUCUGAUUUGCUGCCGAGAUGAGUAUUGAGUAUAUAUCAUGCCAAAAAACUUAUUGCGUGUAAAGGAAAAGAUUUCGUUUGUAUCUCGUCCAUUGGAAGAGAACGUUACACUUCUUAAUUAAUAUCAAGAAUCCAUUGUGGAUUGGACUCGAGACAGAAUUUACAUGGAUUAGGGAAUAUGGAUGGAAAAUUCUGUAUUUAUUAUGUGCAUGGUUAGAUUGGCAAUCUCUUCUUGAAAAAUAGUCAAACCGCAUGUCAAAUGAAUUGGCUUCAUGCUUUAAUAAACCAGAAACUGGACGUGAUCUGUUGAAAUUAUAA